GGCUUGUGUUUCUGUGGACCAAUGGGGAACCACGGCUCCAACCUGGAUGACAUCCUGGCCGAGGACAUGCACCACUGGUACAACAAGUUCAUGAAGGAGUCUCCGUCCGGCCUCAUCACGCUGUUUGAGCUCAAGGCCAUCCUGAACCUGAGGGGCAUGACGGAGACCGCCAACAGCUACGUGGACCAGGUCUUCUUCACCUUCGACAUGGACGGAGACGGCUACAUCGACUUCGUGGAGUACAUCGCCGCCAUCAGUCUGCUGCUGAAAGGAGAAAUCAACCAGAAACUGAAGUGGUACUUCAAACUCUUCGACCAGGACGGAAACGGGAAGAUCGACAAAGACGAGCUGGUGUCCAUCUUCGCGGCGAUCCAGGACAUCACACGCAACAGAGAAACCAACCCUGAGGACGUGGUCUCCAUCAUCUUUGAGAGAAUCGAUGUGAAGGGAGAAGGUGAGAUGACCCUGGAGGAGUUCAUCGAGGGAGCCAAAGACCACAAGGACAUCAUGGACAUGCUGAAGAACCUGAUGGACCUGACGCCGGUGCUGGUCAUCAUCGUGGAGGGCCGGAUGCUGUGAGACGGACGGGAGCAGAGCGUAGAUUCGGGGGCGACAAAGAAACUCAACCGUUAUCCCCUUCAAAACAAGAGGAAAGACUCACCGGAUGUUUGGCGGUCGGAGCGAGGCUGCGGGAAACAAGGAACCCUUUGGGAUGGACUGUGAUUGGCCGUCCAGCCUCUGAGCAUCCUGAACUAAUCUUC